AUGCACGUGCAGAUCCACCGCAGCGCAAGCACACCACGUCGCAUUAGAUUCGCACCACUACCUGACCAGAAUCCCAUCGACGUCGACCCAGUACCACAAACUGAGUCCCCAAUACCAUCCACAAUCAUCACCACAGACUCAAAUCCCAAACCCAAAUCUUCCUUCUUCCGUCAAAUCUUUAAACGUUCCUCUCUCGUCAUCGAUGCGCCCCCUCGACGCUUCUCCACAGAAGACAUAACAUCUCGUAUCCUUCGUCGUCCUCGAACUCCCCAGGCACAACAACAGUUCGGUUCCCCACUUUCUCGAACACCUUCCACAACCCAACCAAAACGUCCAUCCACCGCCCCAUCAUCCUCAAAACCACGUUCCUCAAUAAACUCACUCGGCUCAGGCGGCGGUCGCCAUACAAUGCCCCCAAACCGUACCACUCCCCCAACAUCACCAACAUCCCCCACUUCCCGCCCAUCAGUCCCAACAAAAUCAGGAAUGCGCAUGCUCAACGGUCGCGUAUACGGAUCAAAACGUCAACCUCCAGCAGACCCCUUUGCAAACGUUCGUGACGAACCAGAAUUCGUAGAAUGGGGUUAUGGCGGCAUGGGCAGCGUAACCCACAGUAGCGACUCAAAGUAUUCCGCACUCGCAAAGGGCGCACCAGCUCUACUUUCCCACGGUCAAGCUCAGAAAAUACCAGUCGGCGGAGGCCGCGGUGGUGCUGCCGUAGCCGUGGAAAGGAAAGGUGCCGGCGAUGUCGAUGACGAUGACGGCAGUGGCAUGGGGUGGGUUCGGAAGAGGAAACUAGAGAGAGAACGUCUAGCAAGGGAGAAGGAGGCUACCGAGGUCACAACUGUCCUUGAUACGUAUUCAAGGCGUACAAGCACUGACGGAUCUUCCGCCGUGGACAGUACAAGCACUGAUCUCUCCACUCUCGCUGCCUCUUCAGCUCCUACAACCCCUCCUAGCACAUCCGAUACCCUCCCCCAGGACGAAGCAGAGCAAGAACAGCAUAUCUUGCAGGCCGUCAGAUUGAGCCCUACUCAUCAUCACCAUAAACGGCCCUCCACUUCAUCGCCCGGCGACCUCGUGGUGGGCACCACACAUUCCCCCGUCGAGCCUGCUAAGAGCAGCCCAAGCACUACCAGCGAGAGCAGCAGCGAUGACGACGAGACUCCCAGAGAGGAUGAUGAUGAGAGCGAGGUCGAGGAAACAGAGGAUCAGCGAAAGACAUCGCUAGGUGCUGGAGUGGAAAAGAUAAGCAGGCAUAAAGAGGGUGUCCACUGA